GUCGGCGCUCGUGUAAAAUCUUCAAGAUUUGAUUCACGGUCACGUUGGUGAUUGAAUGAGUCUGGAUUGGUCUGAAUUCGGAGCGCAAUGGCCCUCCAAAGACACUCCGCCAUUUUCCCAAGGUCUUCUCCGAAAGUAACAAGCAGACGAACAGUUCAUCAGCAUACUGGUAGCUUCUCUUCUAUUAGCAGUAUCCCUAUUUAACCAUGAUAAACGACAAUACAAAGAUAGGCACGGGGUUGAUGGUCCUGGGAGUGGUGUUUUUAUUUCUGGGAAUCAUGUUCCUUUUCGACUCUGCCAUGUUGGCAUUGGGGGACAUUCUCUUUCUUACUGGCCUCACCUUGACCAUUGGUGUCUCAAGGACAGUCCGAUUCUUCUCACGGCCAGACCGGGCCAGAGGUAUCAUCUCAUUUUUCUUGGGCAUCAUCCUCGUCAUGAUUCGAUGGCCUAUUGUCGGCAUGAUUUUGCAACUGUACGGUUUGAUCUAUCUAUUUGGACAGUUCUUCCCCAUCGCGGCGCAGUCUAUGCGAGACACCCCCGUGAUUGGAGAUUUACUCAAAAUGCCGGCUGUCGAAAGAUUCUUUGAGGGACUGAGUCGAAGCAGCAACAGUGGACGAAGGGCGCCUGUAUAAAGUUUCUCUGUGGAUGUUUGAACGGGACAGUAAAAAUGGAGUAAAAGUGGAAAUAUCACUUCAACUUAUCGCUGUACCGACCCAUUCUGAUCUUACGCAACAAUAAACUCUCGACCCUCAACCUUUCUCGGACUAAAAUCAUGCAUGAACUACGUGGUUGUGCGUGUUCCAAGCAAAGUUCCAGGGAGGAGGGCGUCUAUUAUCUUUUCAUUUCCAAUGCCUGGUCCCGCUGCUUCUGGCUAGAUCUAGUUCCCUAUUGGUACCGGUACGGAACGCGACUACAUAACUUGAAUUGGUAAACUAGUUCUUGUCUCCUUCAAAUAGAUCGUAUCAAGAUCGCCACCAAAACUACAGUAACUAAGUCAUCCAGCAUGAACUGUUGUC